UUGAUGCCUUUUACUGUCAACUUCACCAUCACCAGCCUGCGCUACACCGAGGACAUGGGGAACUCGGGCUCUGAGAUAUUCAAUGCCACUGAGAGACACCUGCAGCACCUGGACUCUGUUCGAAAACAGCAGUGUUGGUUCCCUCUAUGAUGGCUGCAGGCUGACCUUGUUCAGGGCUGAGAAGGAUGGGACAAGCACCAGGAUAGAUGCAGUCUGUACCUACCGCCCAGAUCCCACUGGCUUCAGGCUGGACAGAGAGCGGCUCUACCAGGAGCUAAGCCAGCAGACCCAUGGCAUCACUCAGCUGGGCCCCUACACCCUGGACAGGAACAGUCUCUGUGUCAAUGGUUAUAACCAUCAGUACUGGACCCCCACCACCAGCACUCUGGUGACCUCCACAUUUUCUCCAGGACCGUCGAUAUCUCUGCACCCCACCCCCAGCUCUACAGCUGCAGUUGUGGGCCCAGCCCUGGUGCCAUUCACCCUCAACUUCACCAUCACCAACCUGCUCUGCACCCCAGACAUGAGGCACCCAGGCUCCAUGAAGUUCAACUCCACUGAGAGGGCCCUGAAUCGCCUGCUUGGUCCCUUGUUCAAGAACACCAGUAUUGGCCCAUGGUACUCUGGCUGCAGACUGACCUUGCUCAGGACUGAGAAGGGUGGAACAGCAACAGGAGUGGACGUGAUCUGCACUUAUCAUCCUGACCCCAUGGGCCCUGGGCUGAACAGAGAAGAAUUGUACCAGGAGCUGAGUCAGCUGACCCGCGGUGUCACCUGGCUGGGCACCUACACCCUGGACAGAGACAGUCUCUAUGUCAAUGGUUAUAACCACCGGUACUGGAACCCUACCACCAGCACUCCAGUGACUUCUACAUUCUCUCCAGAAUCUUCCACAUCUCAGCCACCCAUCCUCAGCUCUACAGGUGUGAGCCUGUCUCUGGUGCCCUUCACCCUCAACUUCACCAUCACCAACCUGCGCUACACAGAGGGCAUGGGGCCCCCAGGAUCUGGGCUAUUCAACUCUGUAGAGAGGAUCUUGAAUCGUCUGCUCAAACCCUUGUUCCAGAACAGCAGCAUUGGGCCCCUCUAUUAUGGCUGCAGAUUGACUUUGCUCAGGCCUGAGAAAAAGGGAACAGCCACUGGAGUUGAUGCUGUCUGUACUCACCAUCCUGACCCCAUGGGUCCUAAGCUAGACAGAGAGAAGCUGUACUGGGAGCUGAGCCAUCAGACCCAUGGUGUCACCCAGCUGGGCUCCUUCACCCUGGACAAGAACAGCCUCUAUGUUAAUGGUUACACCCACUGGACCUCAGCCCCCACACCCAGUGCUCCUGUGACCCCUGUGCACUUCCCAGGGACCUCGAUGGUGCCAGCCCACUUCUCCAGCUCCACAGCUGCUGGUCCUGCCCCAGUGCCCUUCACCCUGAACUUUACCAUCAUCAACCUGCACUACACGAAGGACAUGCGGCCGAGCUCGGCAAAGUUUAACUCCACAGAGUCAGCUCUACAACGCCUGCUCAAGCCCUUGUUUGCCAACAGCAGCAUUGGUCCGCUCUACAUUGGCUGCAGAGUGACCACACUAAGGCCUGAAAGGGGUGGAACAGCCACUGGAGUUGACGCUGUCUGCACCUACCGACCUGGCCCUUCGGGUCUCCAGCUGGACAGGGAGCGCCUCUACUGGGAACUGAGCCGCCAGACCCAUGGUGUCACCCAGCUCGGUUCCUACAUCCUGGACAGGGACCGUCUCUAUGUCAACGGUUACACCAGAUCACCACUGACCCCCAUCCCCAGUGUUCCUGUGAUUUCUACACCCUCAGGAACCUCAGUAGCUCCAAUCUCCUUCUCCAGCUCUACAGUCUCCGGCCCUGACCUGGUUCCAUUCACCCUCAACUUCACCAUCACCAACCUGCGCUACACAGAGAGCAUGCAGUUUAUGGGUUCAGCCAAGUUCAACGAAAUAGAGAAGGUCUUGCAGAGCCUGCUCAGACCCUUACUCAAGAACACCAGUGUCGGCCCCCUCUACUCUGGCUGCAGACUGACCUCGCUCAGGCCCGAGAAGGCUGGAGCAGCCACCAGGGUGAACACAAUCUGCUCCUACCGCCCCGACCCUGCGGGCCGCGGGCUGGAUAGAGAGAAGCUGUACUGGGAGCUGAGCCGGCUGACCCGUGGUAUCACCUGGCUGGGCCCCUACACCCUGGAGCAGGACAGUCUCUGUGUCAGUGGUUACAGCCACCAGACACCAGUAACCGCCCCCAGUGCCACGGGACAUCCCCUUGUGCCUUUCACCCUGAACUUCACUAUCACCAAUCUACCCUACGCUGAGGACAUGCAGCCUCCUGGAUCCUUGAAAUUUAACACCACGGAGAGGUCCCUGCAGCGCCAGCUCGGACCCUUGUUCCAGAACACCAGUGUGGGCCCCCUGUACUCAGGCUGCAGACUGACCUUGCUCAGGCCCGAGAAGGAUGGGGCAGCCACUGGAGUGGAUGCCGUCUGCACCCACCGCCCUGACCCCACGGGCCCUGGGCUGGACAGAGAGAGGUUGUACCAGGAGCUGAGCCAGCUGACCCGUGGUGUCACCAGGCUGGGUCCCUACACCCUGGAUCCCAACAGUCUCUACAUCAAUGGUUUCACCCACCAGACGCGAGCCACCACCCCCAGCAGUCACACGCAACCGGCUUCAGCCACCACCCCCAACACCACUGGCCCCGCUCUGGUGUCUUUCACCCUGAACUUCACCAUCACCAACCUGCACUACACUGAGGACAUGGGGCACCCCAGUUCCUUGAAGUUCAACUCCACCAAAAGGAUCCUCCAGCACCAGCUCAAGCUCCUGCUCAGUAAGACCAGUGUUGGCCCCCUCUACGCUGGCUGCAGACUUGCCUCGCUCAGGCUUGAGAAGGGUGGUGCAGCCACUGGAGUGGACAUUGUCUGCACCAUCCACUCUGACCCUGCGGGCCCCAGGCUGGACAGAGAGCGGCUAUACUGGGAGCUGAGCCGUGAGACCCAUGGCAUCACCCGGCUGGGGCCCUUCACGCUGGACAGGGACAGCCUCUGUGUCAACGGUUACACCUAUGGAGCCACAGCCCCAACUACCACUGCUGGGGAGGCCCGUGAGGAGCUGUUCACACUGAACUUCACCAUCGACAAUCUGCGCUACUCAGCGGACAUGGGCCGCCCCGGCUCCCUCAAGUUCAACAUCACAGAUACCCUCAUGCAGCACCUGCUGGGCCCAUUGUUCCAGAAGAGCAGUCUGGGUACCCGAUAUACAGGCUGCAAGGUCACCUCACUAAGGUCCGUGAAGAAUGGUGCCAAGACGAGGGUGAACAUCCUCUGCACCUACCGGCAGCACCCCAGUAGCCCGGGUCUACUUGCCAAACAGGUGUUCCAUGAACUGAGCAGGCAGACCCGUGGCAUCACCCGGCUGGGCCCCUAUUCACUGGACAAGGACAGCCUCUACCUCAAUGGUUAUAACGAGCGUGGUCCAGAUGAGCCUCCCACAACUCCUGAGGCAGCCACCACAUUCCUGCCUAGUUCAUCAUCACCUGUGCAACCAGAAGCCACCACAGCUAUGGGACACAACUUGAAGACCUUCACACUGAACUUGACCAUCUCCAACCUCCAGUAUUCAACAGACAUGAGCCACAGCUCAGCUACAUUCAACUCCACCAAGAGGACCCUGCAGCACCUGCUUGGAUCCUUGUUCCAGAAGAGCAGCCUGGGCCCCUUCUAUUCAGGUUGCAGAUUAAUCUCCUUCAGGCCUGAGAAGGAUGGGGUAGCCACUCAUGUUAACGCCAUCUGCACCUAUCACCAUGACCCCAUGGGCUACAGGCUGGACCGAGAACAGCUUUACUGGGAGCUAAGCCAGCUGACCCAUGGUGUCACCCAGAUGGGCAUCUAUACCCUGGUCAGGGACAGCCUCUUCGUCAAUGGCUACGCUCCCCAGAAUUUAUCUAUUCAGAAUGAGUAUCAGCUGAAUUUCCGAAUCCUCAACUGGAACCUCAGCAACUCAGACCCUGCAUCCUUGGAGUACACAACCCUGCUGAGAGACAUCCAGGACAAGGUCACCAAACUCUACAGAGGCAGCCAGCUACAAGACAUUUUCCGCUCCUGCCUGGUCACCAACUUGACGUUGGACUCCAUGUUGGUCACCAUCAAGGCUCUGUUCUCUUCUAAUGUGGACCCCAGUAUGGUGAAGCAAGUCUUUCUAGACAAGACUCUGAAUGUCUCAUCCCACUGGCUUGGUGCCACCUAUCAGCUGGCAGAUUUGCAUGUGACAGAAGUGGAGUCAACAGCUCAUCUACCAACAGACAGACCAACAAGCAUUCCCACCUCUCAGCACUUCCAGCUGAAUUUCACUGUCACCAACCUACUCUAUUCCCAAGACUUAUCCCAGCCCAACACCACCAAACACCAGCGGAACAAGAGAAGUAUCGAGAAUGCGCUCAACCAGCUCUUCCAAAACAGCAGCAUGAAGAGUUAUUUCUCUGACUGUCAAGUUUUAGCAUUCAGGUCUGUCCCCGACAGCAACCACACUGGGGUGGACUCCAUCUGUAACUUUUCACCAUUGGCUCGGAGACUGGACAGAAUUGCCAUCUAUGAGGAGUUCUUGAGGCUAACUCAAAAUGGUACCCAGCUGCAGAAUUUUACCCUGGACAGAAACAGUGUCCUUGUGGAUGGGUAUUCUCCCAACAGAAAUGAUGUCUUGACUGAGAAUUCAGAACUCCCCUUCUGGGCCAUCAUCCUCAUUUGCUUGGCGGGACUCCUGGUACUCAUCACAUGCCUGAUCUGCUGUUUCCUGAUCACCAUCCGCCUGCGGAAGAAGGAGGGAGACUACGAGGUUCAGCAACACAGCCUGGGCUAUUACCUGCCACACCUAGACCUGAAGUUGCAGUGAGCUCUGCCUGCGGCUCC